AUGUCGUGGACCCCGUGUGUCCCCCCUCGUGGCAGAGGCCGUGCCGUCAACAGGCGUGGUGGUGAUGGACAGCAUCAGGCCCGAGGGGGGUCCCGCGGCCCCGGACAGUCAAGGGCUCCGCAACGUCCACCCAGAGGGGGCCCCAGGGGCCGUGGUGUUUACCCACAACAGCAGAGAUGUGCUCAGAAUGGUGAAUGUCAUGAUGGAGAUGCCCCGAAUGGUGCUUGUUCUUCAACUCCUGUAGGAGGGCUUCUUAAUGGCGCUUGUUGUACGAAUGGUCCAGUUGGAGGGGUCCCAAACGGUGCGUGCCCCCCAAUGUGUCCAGCUGGAGCGGUCUCUAACCGCGAUAUUCCAGUUGUUACAGUCCCUAACGGUGCAUGUCCACCCCCCUGCCUCGCUGGAGGAGUCCCCAAUGGACAUUGUUUGAGUUCCUCACUGCCCCCUUGUGAGACCCCACCUACUACACUGCCCCCUAGUGUGGCCCCACCUACUACACUGCCCCCUAGUGUGGCCCUGCCUCCUGCAUUACCCCGUGGUGUGGCUACGCCCUCUGAACUGCCCCCUAAUGGCGACGCAUGCGCUAACCCACCGGUCCAUACAGGACCUGCACCAAAGACAAAUGGACGUUCAAAAAAGAAAUGGCGCGCUCCCAAGCCCAAAAUGACAAAAAAUAAAGGAUGCACUGCCAGCCUCCCACCGCGACCCCCUGGGCAGUCCCUUUCUGCACCCCCCACAGCUCCCCAAGGACGGGGGCGGGGUAUGGUGGGAAUGUAUCCUGCAAGAAGUCUGGAUGAUCUGGCAAAGGAAAAACGCAACGCUGGAAACCAAAGAUUUGGCCAGUGA